AUGAUGGAUCUCAGAUCUGAGGAGGAAGUUCCCAACUUCAGCGACUUCAAGCGUUUAAAACCAGUGGAGGUUGAGGGCGUCCCUUUGGCCAGCAAUACAGCAGAGAAUUGGGGUCUCUUGUGGGCCUUUGCAGCCCGGCCAGACGAUCUUCUCAUCUGCACUUAUCCCAAAGCAGGGACAACCUGGAUCCAGGAAAUUGUGGACAUGCUCCAGCAGGGAGGGGACCCCCAGAAAUGCGCUCGGGCCCCAACAGACAAGCGUAUGCCCUUCUUGGAUCUGUUUCUUCCCAAACCCAUGAAUUCAGGCCUGGAAGACGCAGAGGUGUUGCCUUCUCCACGCACACUCAAGACUCACCUCCCCGUUCAGCUCUUGCCACCUUCCUUCUGGGAACAGAAAUUUAUGUGGGGGUCUUGGUCUGACCAUGUCCGUGGUUGGUGGGAAGCCAAGGACCAGCAUCCAAUUCUGUACCUCUUUUAUGAAGAUAUAAAGGAGGACCCAGCCCGGGAAAUCCGCAAAGUAGCCCAAUUCCUUGGUAUAGAGCUCACAGAACCAGUUCUGAAACAGAUUGUGCAGCACACAACAUUUGAGAACAUGAAAGCCAAUCCGAUGGCUAAUUACAGCAGUAUCCCUUCUUGCAUUAUGGACCACGCUGUGUCGCCUUUCAUGAGAAAAGGCGCUGUAGGAAACUGGAAGGAACAAUUUACUGUGGCUCAGAGUGAACGGCUGGAUGAAAUCUGUGCUCGGGAACUGGGGGGCAGUGGCGGCCUGACCUUCCGCACACAGCUGUAAGCCCACCUUUCUUUGUGUCACUCAGUGAAACUUAUGCCAAAAUGUGCCUGGAUUGCUCAUGUUGCCUGUGCUAAAUAAAAUAAACCACAAGCUAAGU